GUGUUGUGCGCUAGAAGAUCAGAGGAAGAAGAAGAAGAAUUCUGCUGAUCCAAGUCCGGAUCUUUAUCUAAUGGAACGGAUGAUGCCCAGUGAAAAGCAUGCUACUUUCUCGUUUUAAACAAUGUCUCAUAGGGAUAUAUCUGAGGUCGAGCCCGAAGGUACGUCGGCCUUGGCCGCUGGAUCUCGAGUGUUAUUCCUGGAGACGGUUCGUCGUAGCAAUGCAGCAUGUCAAAACGGAGAUUACGCUCUAGCUGCAUCUCUUUACACGGAAGCUCUUGCCUUGGAUCCCAUUAGCCAUGUUCUUUAUUCAAAUAGAUCGGCGGCUCGUCUCAAAAUGGGAAUGUUUGCCUUGGCGUUACAAGAUGCUGUUAGAGCCACGGAAUUGAGUCCCGAAUGGCCAAAGGCUUACUAUCGUCAAGGUGUGGCUCUUCAAUGCUUGGGAAGACAUGGAGAAGCUCUGGUUGCAUUCAGUGUUGGAUUGGCACGUGAUCCAUCAAAUUGUCAAUUGCUCUCGGGACUCGUGGAAGCUUCUUUAAAAUCACCUCUUCGUGUUACAUUGGAACCGACGUUUCAACAGCUUCGAGCAAUGAAAUUAGAUGAAUCUCCAUUUGUUGUCAUCUCUGUGGUUGGACAAGAACUUUUGGGUGCUGGUCAAUAUAGAGCAGCAGCUGGAGUUCUUGAAGCCGCCUUAUCAAUUGGAUCUUGUAGUUUAAAAUUACGAGGUUCAGUCUUCUCUGCACUUUCCAGUGCUUACUGGGCUCUAAAUUCAUUGGACAAAGCUAUCAGUUAUAUGCAACAGGAUCUUGGAGUUGCAAGAUCAUUAGGCGAUACGCAAGGUGAAUGUCGAGCGCAUGGAAAUUUGGGAUCGGCCUACUUCAGUAAAGGAAGUUAUAAAGAAGCAUUGACAGCUCAUCGUUAUCAAUUGGUACUGGCAAUGAAAUGUAAAGAUACGCAAGCAGCAGCUUCGGCAUUAACGAGUCUUGGACAUGUUUACACGGCAAUUGGAGAUUUACCAAAUGCACUUGCUUCUCAUAAGCAGUGUGUUCAACUUGUUAAACAAAUGGGUGAUCGUCUUCAAGAGGCAAGAGAAAUUGGUAAUGUUGGAGCUGUUUAUCUAGCAAUGGGCGAAUUUGAAAGUGCAGUCGAUUGUCAUACACAACAUUUGAGAAUAGCCAGAAGACUCGGUGAUCGAGUUGAAGAAGCCAGGGCUUUUAGUAAUCUGGGAUCAUCACAUCAUUAUCGGAGAAAUUUUGGUCAGGCGAUGGCUUAUCAUGAAAAUGUACUUAGAAUCGCUCAGGAACUCGGCGACAGGGCAAUUGAAACUAGAGCCUACGCUGGUUUGGGACACGCUGCCAGAUGUGCCGGUGAUUUAGCCCAAGCAAAACUUUGGCAUCAACGACAAUUGGAUGUGGCACUGACGACAAAAGACAAAGUAGCAGAGGGAAGAGCUUGUAGUAAUCUUGGAAUUGUUUAUCAACUUCUGGGAGAGCAUGAUGCGGCUCUUAAAUUACAUCAGGCACAUCUUGGAAUUGCCAGAAGUUUGGGUGAUAAAGCAGGAAUGGGUAGAGCUUACGGAAACAUUGGUAAUGCAUACAAUGCUCUAGGAUAUUAUGAGCAAGCUAUUAAAUAUCACAAGCAAGAAUUAACAAUAAGCAAAGAGGUCAACGAUCGAAGUUCAGAAGCGAGUACUCAUGGAAAUUUAGCAGUGGCCUAUCAAGCAGUUCAAGGACAUGAGGCUGCAUUAAGACACUAUAGGGUACAUUUGGCAAUAGCAAGAGAAUUAAAAGACGCUGCCGGUGAAGCAUGUGCACUUUUAAAUCUCGCCAAUUGUCUCUCAUCACGAGGAAGAUUCGAGGAAGCUGUUCCAUAUUAUGAAAAUUAUUUAAUGUUGUCUCAGGAAUUACAUGAUGUUGAAGGUGAAGCAAAAGCUUGUCAUUUUCUUGGUUAUGCACACUAUUGUUUGGGAAAUCAUCGUGAAGCUGUUAGAUAUUAUGAUCAAGAUUUGGCUCUGGCAAAGGAUUUGCAGGACAAAUCGGGCAUGGGAAGAGCAUACUGUAAUCUUGGAUUGGCUCAUUUGGCACUUGGAAAUUUAGAUACAGCAUUGGAAUGCCAAAAAUAUUAUCUUGCAAUUGCUCACAUGACAAAGCACUUUGCUGGUAAAUUUCGAGCUUUGGGAAAUAUUGGAGAUUGUCUUUUGAAACUCGGUGAGUCUGAGGAGGCAAUAAAGAUGCAUCAGAGGCAAUUGAAUUUGGCACGGCAAUCGGCUGAUAGAAGUUUAGAGGCUGCGGCUUAUGGAGCAUUGGGAAUUGCUCAUCGAACAACGAGAAAUUUGGACAAAGCAUUAGGAUUUCACACUCAAGAAUUGACAUUGAGACAAGAGGCUGGGGAUUUAAGGGGUGAGUGUCGAGCACAUGGAAAUUUGGGUGCUGUUCAUAUGGCUUUGGGACAGUAUACUCAUGCUGUUAAGUGCUAUCAGGAACAAUUGGAGAGAGCAAGAGAGUUGGCUGAUUCGGGAGUUGAAGCACAAGCUUUGGGUAAUUUGGGAAUUGCGAGAUUGAACAUGGCUCAUUAUGAGGAGGCUAUUGGAUAUUUUGAGCAACAAUUGGCUACGUUGGAACCCCUAACGACUGGAACGGCUUUAUUGGAUAAAGCUCGAGCUCUUGGGAAUUUGGGAGAUUGUUACGAAGCACUGGGUGAUCCUGAGGAAGCUAUCAAGUGCCAUGAGCAACAAUUGUCAGCAGCACUUAAAUUGCGUAGUAUUCGUGAUCAAGAGAGAGCUUAUAGAGGACUUGGUAGGGCUAGGGAAGCUUCGGGUAAUUUGCAAGAGGCUUUAGUGUGUUUUGAAAAACGACUGGUGACUGCUCACGAAGUGGAUAAUCUCGAAUUACGAGGUGCAGCUUAUGGUGACUUGGGUAGAGUUCAUACAGCUCUUGGAAAUCAUGAACAAGCUGUGAGUUGUUUGUCCCAUCAAUUAGCUUUGGCUAGGGGUUUGGGUGAUCGGGCUGGAGAAGCAGAAGCUGCAAGUGGACUUGGAGUUGUACAUCUUCUGAUGGAUGAUCUCAAUUCUGCUUUGCGUCAUCAUCAAUUGGAAUUGUCAAUUGCUGAAAGUUUGGAUGCAGCUGGAUUGCAGGCGAGGGCUUGCGCUAAUUUGGGAGCAACUCAUGAAGCACUGGCUCAAUUUGAGGAAGCAAUAAGACUUCAGGAACAAUCAUUGAGUUUGGCUGCAGCGGCUGGUGAUCAAAUCGCAAGAGCAGCGGCUUUCUCGAGUCUUGGAAGACUUCAUCAUUUAUGUGGCGAUCUUUGUCGAGCACUUAGUUAUCUUCAAUCGGGAUUAUCAUUGUCUGAAGGUUUAGGUAGAAGGGAAGAGGCAGCGAGACUUAGACAUCGUUUGGGUUUAGUGCAUUGGGAAGCUGGAGAGGCGACAAUUUCUGUUGAACAGCUUGAAAAAGCUGCCAGUUUACUGGAGUCUCUAGAUAAUUCUUCAGCGAGUUUGGUAUAUAUUUGUGGACAACCUAGUAGAGCUGAACUACUUUCUCAAACUUAUAGAAUGUUGCAAAAGGUUCUGGUGAAUUUAAGUAGACCUGAGGAAGCUCUCAAUUGGGCGGAGCGUUCGAGAAGAACCAAGAACAACAGUUUGGAAGAUGCGACACAUUAUUCUGAGAUUGUUGAUAGGCAGAGGGGGAUUAUUUUAUACUACAGUGAAGUGGAAAGUGAACUUCAUGCUUGGUGUCUUGCUCCAGGUCGAGGACUAAUUAGAUUCCAUUCAACUAUUCUGGAGAAUGGAGUUAAUUUGGAAAAGAGAGUUCUUCAUGCUCGAGAAGCACUUCUUGGUGAAACUAGUGAUAUCAAUGAAGAGUGCGCAACAAUUCCCUCGAGAGGUCAUCAUCUAAAUGCAAGUUCUUACAGUUUGAGUAGUUUAUUUAGCGUCGGUUCGGUAAGUUCACGAGCUGGUAGCGCACGAUGGGGAAGAGCCAAGGGUCCAUCCUGGCAAGCACCUCAAGCAAUUCAACAUCUAUAUGAUCUACUUUUAGCACCAUUCGAAGAUCUUUUACCACCAACAAGAAAAGAAUUGAUCAUGGUUGUGGAAAAGUCACUAUUCCUAGCUCCUCUACCGGCACUUCAAUCGCCUUCCAGUGAGGAUUAUUUGUGUGAGAGAUUUUCUCUUUUGGUAGUACCUUCUCUUGCUGCUCUUAAAAAACGAUCAAGAACUCCAAUGCCAGAAGGUGGUGCAACUGUUGCCGCUUUAGUGGCAGGAAAUCCAACACUACCUGACAAAGUACGAGAAGAAUUCGGUUGGCCUGAAAGUGUCUCUUCAGCAGAGACGGAAACUGGAAUUGUUGCUGAACUCCUAGAGACGAGACCUUUGAUUGGUUCCGAAGCAACAAGAUCAGCAGUCUUGAGAUCAUUGCCUGAUGCAGAAUGUGUGCAUUUGACAACUCCUAUUUUAUGGAAUUCAUCGAAUUUAGCAUUAUGUGCUGAUCAAAGCGAGGAACCACCAGAGAGGCCAGAAUAUCUAAUUGGUUGUCCUGAUGUUUCGAGAUUAAAAUUAACAGCUCGUUUGGUUGUUCUUUCUAGUGGACAUUGUUGGAGUGGUGGUGAAAAUACAACAGUUACUACUGAUGGAGUUGAAAAAUUGACAAAAACUUUGCUUCACGCUGGUGCUCAGUGUGUUUUGAUUGGAAUGUGGCCAGUGCCACCAACAGCUGGUAGUAUUUUACUCCGAGCUUUCUACAGUGCAAUGUUACAAGGUGCAAGAGCAUCGAGAGCUUUGGCUGAAGCUAUGCAAACUGUUCAACACACUAGACAUUUUGCUCAUCCUAUCAAUUGGGCCGGAUGGCUUCUCCUUGGAGGCGAUGCACGACUAUCAAACAAAGUUGCUUUGAUGGGUCAGGCUUUAGCAGAAUUGUUACGAAGUGGUCCAGAGCAGAGUCGAGACGCUUUGCGAGUGACUUUGCAUCUAGUGGAAAAAUCUUUACAAAGAAUACACUGUGGUCAAAAAAAUGCGAUGUACACUACUCAGAGGAGUAUAGAAAAUAAAGUUGGUUCAGCAACUGGUUGGAGGGAAUUACUCAUGUCAGUUGGAUUUAGAUUUGAACCAGCUGGAAAUGGAAUUCGACCUUCGGUAUUUUUCCCUCAAAGUGAUCCGGAGGAAAGAUUGACUAGAUGUAGUGCAAGUUUACAAGCACUUCUUGGAUUGGGUCCUGCUUCAUUGCACGCUUUAGUUCGACUUUUACAGGCGCCAGAAGUUGCGGAAGAUGUAAUAUCAGCGAUGAGAAGAGCAAGUAGUGCAACUGAGGGUCAAGAAAUUUCGUUACCAGUUCACGUAUGGAGAGCAUCGGGUUCACACGAAUUAUUUGCAAGUUUGGGAUUCGAUUUAAUGGAAGUUGGUCAGUCUGAAGUUAUUCUCAGAACUGGUAAACAAGCUUCACGCAGAGCAGUGCAAUUCGCUCUUCAGGCUCUUUUAGCACUUUUCGAUACACAAGAAGCGCCAAAGAGUCUUAGCCUUGAUUCUGGAAGUUCUAUGGAGAGCCUGGUUUCCGUUGCUCCCACGGAUAAAAGUUUAUCGGAUCGUCCAAGAUUAGGUGGUGCUUUUGCUAGUUAUGUUCGACAUCGUGGCGAGCCUGACGGUAAAACAACAGAGCCUUCCAACAUUUCUGUAUCCAGACAAUCAAUCCAAAACGGAGGAGGUGAAUCAGAUGUUGCAUUCACUCCAAGUCCACCAAUGGCAAUGAAUCUGAAUCAUCAGAAACGUAUUAGAAAUAUAUAUUCUGAUCAAAAUGCAAGACCCGGUUCAAGUUCAAGUAGUUCAGUGACAGAUUGGGAAAAUGGUCACGCAACAGUAUUGAGAAGACAACCUCUACCUCCUUUACCUGUAACUGUAUUGGAACGAUUGAGUGUAAGAACAGAAAUUGGAAAUGGUUCCUCGAGAAAAAUAAGAAAUUCCUCAAAUGAGGAAUUGAAACCUCCAAAGGAAACAUCGCAAACUAAUAAUGAAGCGAUACCUCUUAAUUUACGAAAUGUGGCAACUUCCUUGACAAGUUUGACACGUGAAUUAACGCCAACAAUUUCGGAAGUUUAUCAUGAACGAAAUUUAGGAUUGGGCCUAGCUCCAUCUCUUUCAAAACUUCUUGAAGACGUGGAUUCAGUUCCUGAGACUGAGCAAAAUCAAAUGAGAAGAACAGCACAACCACAGACUAAUUGGUUGCACAACGAGACUGAAUUAUGUCGGCGUGAUGAAGCCGAUGGAAGAUCAAUUGCUGAAUCCCAAUGUAGCGCAACAAGUUCUAAUAAAAUACAUAGAAAAGCGCCUCCACCUCCAGUAUAAAUUAUUAUUUAUGAAGACAUAUUUAUAAGAGGAAAAAAAAAAUUUUUUUUUUGGAAUAUUGUUAUUAUGUUAACAAUAUUACUUAAGAUAUAUGUAAGAUAUUGUUUUAUAUUAUGAGCAGUGAAAAUAAAUCGAUUAAUCAGUUGGCAUUUCAUGCCACAUUAA